AUGUGUCAUACGUGCGGAGGCUGCGAGGAGAAGAGCUGUCAGGAGAACGCUGCCUCUCGCUUGAAGAGGAGGAGGCGGUGGGGAAAGGCCGGUGACGAACGCAGGAUCACCAAAAAAUCCGGCGGUGCUCAGGGGCUGCCAUCCCCGGCUCACCCCUCCGGCCGGGCUUCGCUCGGCUCCCCCGGCACAGGGCUCAGCCUCUCGGAGCUGCCCCAGCCCCCGCGGAGCCGCUCCCAGCCGCCACCGGGCAGCGGAAAUCCCCCGCAGCCCGGCCCGACCCUGCCCGGGGCGUCGAGCGGCGCUCCCCGCGCCCGGGGCUCUCCGGGCAGUCCCCGGCCCUCUGGCGGGGCGCUCUCCUACCGCCACCAUCACUUCCCCCCUGCUCCGGGGCCGCGCUGUCAGCUCACCCCCCGCGACGUCCCGCGCACCGCAGGCCGAGAGCCAACACCCCACCGGGAGCGGUAUCCGGCCGCCGGGAGCCGAAACCCCCCUCCCCUCGUCGCCCGAGAGCCUUCGCCGGACCGCCGGUCUCGCUCCCUCCCCGAGGAAAGUCACUUUAUUCCCCGCUCCAACAUGGCUGCUCCCCCCGCCGCCGCCGCCGCAGCAGCAGCUUUCUCCUCGCCACGGCUCCCCGCCGCCGCCACCGGAGAGCGGCCGCAGGCCGUGCCCGGGAGCCGCCCGGCCGGCCGCUGGCGGUGCCGAGAGCGUCAGCCGAGCCGGGCCGCGGGGGUGUGCGAGGAAGGGGCAAGCCGAGGCGAGCCGGGCUGGGCUGCGCGUCCCCGCUGCGGGCUGACGCCUCCGCCCGCUCGCACUGAGCCAGCCCCGCCGGCUCCGGGCGCAGGAGGGGCCGCGGGGACGCCCGUGCGCCGGCGACACCUGGCGGCCGGGGCGGCCCCGGCUGAGCCGGCGGCUGCGCGGGGAGCGGGGGGGUCAGGGCGGAGCGCGGGGAAUGCCCCGAGCGGCGGCGCGGGGAGCGGGGGUUGCCGCAGUGCUUUUCUGGGCCGCCCGCCCCGCUGCGGGGCAGCCCGGCCGCGCCGAGCCGAGUGGGGCGCUGCUGCGGUUCGCCGAUCCUCCAGCGGCCCUGCGCGGCCGCCUCCUCCCGCGGGAGGAAGUGGGUCUCAUCGGCAGAGGCUCCCGGGAAGCCGCCCCGGGGCCCUGCGUGCUGCUGGCCGUCCGAGGGGUCUCCCCGAGCCGUUUCGAGUGGGUAGAAAAGGGGCAUUUGCUCUCUUCAUUUUACCGGUUCCUUGGCAGCGUUUCCGCUUGGGUUUGCAGGGCGAUUUAGCUCAUCUCUCAGGCAUCCCCCUGCUCCCCCUUCCUACGGCUGGCGCAUUAGUAACCGAAGUUCAGGGAAGCCGGGUGUCUCAUUAG